AUGAAUGGAGAUGAAGAUUUUAUGUUCACCUCAGAGUCAGUGGGAGAGGGUCACCCUGAUAAGAUCUGUGAUCAGAUCAGUGAUGCGGUUCUGGAUGCUCAUCUGAGGCAGGAUCCUGAUGCUAAAGUGGCCUGUGAGACAGUGUGUAAGACUGGUAUGGUUCUACUGUGUGGAGAGAUCACAUCACGUGCUAAUGUAGAUUACCAGAAGGUGGUGAGGGAAACUAUCCGAAACAUUGGCUACGAUGACUCCAAGAAAGGGUUUGAUUUUAAGACCUGUAAUGUGUUAGUGGCAUUGGAGGAACAGUCUCCCGACAUCGCCCAAGGCGUUCACGUCGACCGCCAAGAGCCAGACAUUGGGGCUGGAGAUCAAGGUCUGAUGUUUGGCUACGCCACAGAUGAGACGGAGGAGUGCAUGCCACUCACCAUCGUUCUGGCACACAAACUCAAUGCCAAGAUGUCAGAACUGAGACGCAAUGGCACUGUCCCGUGGCUCCGUCCAGACUCAAAGACCCAGGUGACUGUGCACUACUCUCAAGAGAAUGGAGCAGUGAUUCCGCGCAGGGUACAUACGAUUGUAAUCUCCGCACAGCACGAUGACCAUGUGUCUCUGGAGGAGCAGAGAGCUGUUCUAAAGGAGAAGGUCAUUAAAGCUGUUGUACCAGCCAAGUACCUAGAUGAAAACACCGUCUAUCACCUGCAGCCCAGUGGACGCUUUGUUAUUGGAGGACCUCAGGGUGAUGCUGGAGUGACAGGCAGGAAGAUUAUUGUGGACACUUAUGGAGGAUGGGGUGCCCAUGGGGGCGGAGCUUUCUCUGGCAAAGACUACACCAAGGUGGACCGCUCAGCUGCAUAUGCAGCCCGAUGGGUGGCCAAGUCUCUAGUCAAAGCCAAACUCUGUAGACGAGUUCUGGUCCAGGUGUCCUACGCCAUUGGAGUGGCCCACCCUCUCUCCAUCUCUCUCUUCACCUACGGCUCCUCAGAAAGAAAUGAGAAAGAACUGCUGCAGAUUGUCAAGAAGAACUUUGACCUCCGACCAGGGGUCAUUGUCAGAGAUUUGGACCUGAAGAGGCCCAUCUAUCAGAAGACAGCUUGCUACGGUCACUUUGGCAGGAGAGAGUUUCCGUGGGAGGUGCCCAAGAACCUCAACUACUAG